AUAAAUACCAGCUUUCGCAGCCAUGCCCUUUUUUUCUCCUCUCCUUCUAUUUCUCUCUCCUCCCUCUCUCUUUCUCUCCGAUCACUCUCCGCCAGUUUCGCCGUCCUCUUCACCGUCAUUCCCGACUGAACAUCCAUCUACCCCAUUUCAGCUUCACAAGAGUGCGUGUGAGUUGAAGAGUUAAGAGUAUUAUGGAUGGUAUUAAAGAGUUUGGACUUACAAAAGUGAGUUCCCAUUGCUCGAUGGCAGAAAUGGAUGAUUUAUAUCUCUCAAAGCUCCUCGACAAGCCGAGGUUAAACAUUGAGAGAAAGAGAUCGUUUGAUGAGAGGUCAAUGAGUGAGUUGUCUGUUGCUUUAAGGGGUCUAGAGAACUAUGAGAACACUUACACGCCUGGUGGACGGUCAGGAUUGGAUACCCCGGCUUCAUCGACUCGUAACUCCUUUGAGCCCCACCCGAUGGUUUCUGAUGCUUGGGAAGCUCUCCGCCGAUCCAUGGUGUUUUUUCGGCGUCAACCAGUUGGCACGAUUGCGGCAUUAGACCAUGCUUCAGAGGAAGUGUUGAACUAUGAUCAGGUUUUUGUACGAGAUUUUGUACCUAGUGCUUUGGCUUUUCUAAUGAAUGGUGAGCCAGAUAUAGUUAAGAAUUUCCUAUUGAAGACACUUCAGCUUCAAGGAUGGGAAAAGAGAAUAGACAGAUUCAAGCUUGGGGAAGGUGCAAUGCCCGCUAGUUUCAAAGUUCUUCAUGAUCCAGAUCGUAAAACAGAUACAAUAGUAGCAGAUUUUGGUGAGAGUGCGAUUGGAAGAGUUGCUCCAGUUGACUCUGGAUUCUGGUGGAUAAUUUUGCUCCGUGCAUAUACAAAAUCUACUGGGGAUUUAACUCUGGCUGAAACACCAGAGUGCCAGAAGGGAAUGAGGCUUAUACUGACCCUGUGUUUGUCUGAGGGAUUUGAUACGUUUCCCACUCUGCUGUGUGCUGAUGGAUGCUCGAUGAUAGAUCGAAGAAUGGGAAUUUAUGGUUAUCCUAUUGAAAUCCAAGCACUUUUCUUUAUGGCAUUGAGAUGUGCUUUGGCAAUGCUGAAGCAUGAUGCAGAGGGGAAAGAUUGUAUAGAGAGAAUAGUAAAACGCUUGCAUGCCUUGAGUUAUCACAUGAGAAGUUAUUUCUGGCUUGACUUCCAACAACUAAACGACAUAUACAGAUAUAAAACAGAAGAAUAUUCUCACACGGCAGUAAAUAAGUUUAAUGUUAUUCCUGAUUCAAUCCCAGAUUGGGUAUUUGAGUUUAUGCCCACGCGUGGUGGCUACUUUAUUGGCAAUGUCAGUCCUGCAAGGAUGGAUUUUCGAUGGUUUGCUUUAGGUAAUUGUGUUGCUAUCUUAGCUUCUCUUGCCACCCCAGAGCAGUCUGCUGCUAUUAUGGAUCUUAUUGAAGCACGCUGGGAGGAGUUAGUUGGAGAAAUGCCUGUGAAAAUAUGUUAUCCUGCAAUAGAAAGUCAUGACUGGCGAAUUGUAACAGGUUGCGAUCCAAAGAAUACCAGAUGGAGUUACCAUAAUGGGGGGUCUUGGCCAGUGCUUCUAUGGUUGCUGACGGCUGCCUGCAUCAAAACUGGACGACCACAAAUAGCAAGACGAGCAAUUGAUCUUGCCGAGAGCCGUCUGCUCAAAGACAGCUGGCCAGAAUACUAUGACGGGAAGUUUGGAAGAUAUAUCGGUAAACAAGCGAGGAAAUACCAGACAUGGUCAAUUGCAGGAUAUUUGGUAGCAAAGAUGUUGUUGGAGGAUCCCUCACAUUUAGGGAUGAUCUCUCUGGAAGAGGACAAACAAAUGAAGCCAGUUAUUAAGAGAUCCUCCUCUUGGACUUGCUGACGAGCUAAAAUGAAACCAGAAAAUAGCAGAAAAAAAAAGAGAUCAACUGAAGGAGAGAUAUCUUUUGAUUUCAUUGCAAAAACAAUAUUCUUUUGCACUUUCUGUCCUUAUAGGCUUGAUUGAAAGUUUGGUUUUGUGUACAUUAGCUUCCGCCAAGACUAGCAUCUUACUUUUCAAUAAAAGAAACCUUUUAAUAUUUGUGUUUCUAACUUUGAAAGGCAUUUGAAGAAUGCCAAAAACAUUGUUGAUGAUGUUUAUAACUUGAAUGACUUUUGUAGCUCGAAGUUAAACACUUGCAUGAUUCUCUUAAAUUAAGCAGAACAUUCUCC